AUGGCGAAAGCGAGAUACUCACGAAUUGCUGCACGAAAAUCACCGUCAUCGACCCUAAUACUAACUCUGCUAUUAAUGUUCACAUUUGUGAUUUUAAUUCUUCUCGCUCUCGGAAUCCUCUCGAUUCCGAGCACUUCUUCUUCCGAUUCGUCGCGUCAAGCUAACGAUCUCAGCUCCAUCGCUCACAAUAGCAGAAUUGACGAGAGUGGAGAUGAUGAAGGGAAAGCAGAGCAAUGGGUAGAGGUUAUCUCAUGGGAGCCUCGUGCUUUUGUUUAUCAUAAUUUUUUGACUAAAGCGGAAUGUGAUUACUUAAUCAAUCUUGCGAAGCCGCAGAUGCAAAAGUCGACAGUUGUUGACAGUUCAACAGGGAAGAGUAAAGACAGCAGAGUGCGCACGAGUUCUGGAACAUUUCUACCAAGAGGUCGUGACAAAAUCAUUAGAGAUAUUGAGAAAAGGAUUGCUGAUUUUAGCUUCAUUCCUGUAGAGCAUGGUGAAGGGCUUCAAAUUCUCCACUACGAAGUUGGGCAAAAGUAUGAGCCUCACUUUGACUACUUUAUGGAUGAUUAUAACACCAAGAAUGGAGGUCAACGCAUAGCUACUGUUCUCAUGUAUCUCUCAGAUGUUGAAGAAGGGGGCGAGACUGUGUUUCCUUCUGCCAAGGGGAACAUUAGUUCAGUACCUUGGUGGAACGAGUUGUCUGAAUGUGGAAAGGAGGGCCUCUCUGUUAAACCAAAGAUGGGUGAUGCAUUGCUUUUCUGGAGCAUGAAACCUGAUGCCACUCUAGACCCUUCAAGUUUACAUGGUGGUUGUCCUGUGAUUCGAGGUAAUAAGUGGUCAUCAACCAAAUGGAUGCGUGUGAAUGAGUACAAGAGUCUGAUCGUCCGAACUAUGAUGCCUUGGGAUUUCUUUGAAGCUAACAGUUCAAUUAAUUCAAUGCUUAAACCAACGGAGCAGAGACCAUUGAACUUGUUAAUCCAGGGAGGCAACCAGAGCCUUAGCUUAGGCUGGUUUCUUUGCUCUAGGGUUGAGCCUACUGAAACAUUGAGCUACGUUGAGCUUUUCCCAUGGCAAAUUAAAUGCAUCCUUGGGGGCAUUGAAAGGCCGAUAAAGCAUUCUGUGAAAACCGACGCUGGAGGCUGCUCUUAA